UGCCAGAUCAUAAGAAGUAGGUUACAUACUGAGGGGGAAACACAGGUUGGUUAUAGAGAUCAACAACUUUCCAUUAAACAAAAUGUGAUUCUGAAAUUGUCAACAUAGCUAAUUUAAAGAGAGGUGACAAACAAAUCCUACACAUCCUGUAAUCCUCUUACAGAUCUGGAAAAUAAAGCGUGGAAAAAUCGUGGACUGGAAUUAAAGGAACAAUGGAAAGUCUCCUUCAGAGAAAUCACAUGAAGAGUAGUAAGUCGAGUCCUUAAGAUGGCCCAGAUAAACACCAGCAGAGAGCACCCAGUCUGUUCAGUGUAACAGCCUUAACUGACAAUGGCAUUACAACGGUUUACCAAUCAGAGUAGCUCAACCAGACCAUCGCCCACUCUGUCACCCAGGUGAGUCACUUUACUGGAUGUUAUACCUGGAAUUACUCGUGGUAAUAACUUGGUAACAUGUUGUUAUGGGAACACAUGAUCAGUAAAAUCUAAAUCUGCUGCGGGUCUAAUGGUGGCAUGACGAGGAUAAUUCUCAACACACGAUUAUCCCGCCUGACCCCAACUAAAUAUGUUUAUUGUUGUUCAACUUACUUACUGGGAGCGGAGGGUUUGGUCAUCCAGCUCGCUUCAGGAUUAUCACCGACACCCAAUGCGCACCGAGGGUAUAAAUACUGAUUGUGCACCACUCUCCGCUCAGUCUUCAUGCGCAAACCUGUUACGCACGGACCAGACGCUCGUCAUAAAGGAGAGACCAGCAGAAAGUAAAAAGACAGUCAUAUCUCAGCGCAGCAGCCAACCUUUGCUUCAUUUUAGCUCGUUCGGUGAGAAAAUAAGACCAUGUCGGUGGUGAGCGCAGUGCCGUUCAUGAAACCCGUCCACAUGCGCUCUCCGGUGCCCCGGGGCCGCCGCCACACGCUGCCGGCCAGCGAGUUCCGCUCCCUCAGCCCAGAGGACGCAAUAAGCGUGUUUGAGAUUGAGAGAGAGGCCUUCAUCUCAGUGUCCGGUGAGUGUCCUCUCCACCUGGACGAGGUGCGUCACUUCCUCACCCUGUGUCCCGAGCUGUCUCUUGGCUGGUUUGAGGAGGGACGUCUGGUGGCUUUCAUCAUCGGCUCACUGUGGGACCAGGAGAGGCUUACCAUGGACGCCCUGACUCUCCAUAAGCCUCACGGGACCACCGUCCACAUCCACGUCCUGGCUGUCCACCGGACCUUCCGCCAGCAGGGCAAAGGCUCCAUCCUGAUGUGGCGCUACCUGCAGUACCUCAGGUGCCUGCCCUACGUCCGCCGCACAGUGCUCAUGUGUGAAGACUUCCUCGUUCCCUUCUACCAGAAGUCGGGUUUCAAGGUGCAGGGACCCAGUGACAUCGCUGUGGGGCCCCUCACUUUCAUCGAGAUGUUCUACCCGGUUAGGGGCCACGCCUUCAUGCGUCGUAACAGUGGUUGGUGAGGAGAGAGGGACUUCAUGUGUAUUCGCCCUAGUUAUCAGUGGUGGUUGUGGUGGGACUCCAACCUCCUCAGAAACAGGAUGAGGGGAGGUCUGAGCAGCUUUGCUGUUCGUGAGCAGUGAUCAUCACUGUGAGUGACAUUUUUGCUCAGCAGACGCUGUGGUGUGUGUUUGGACUGUGAGUCUGCAGAGAGCUGAAAACAAAGAGCUGCCAUCCAGCUGCCAACAACAUCUGUUUGGAAAAGUUGUCAGAUACUAAGAAAAAAAAAAAAUCUUGAUUUGCAUUUUAGUGUGUCUAGAAUAUAAAAACCAAAUCAUUAGAGCAAAGACCUGAGAGAAUAUAAGCCCUAAUUUCAAAUUUCAGUUUGUUUUUUGUAUGAAACUAUUUUAUUAUGAUAAAUGCUGGACAUUUAUGAUCAUAUUCAAUAGAACGCAGCUGCCUUGUUUCCUUCUUUGUCCUCUUUUUAUACUUGUUAUUUAAACAGUCUAACAGAUAAAACCAGUAUAUAUCCAUUGUAAAUGUAUUCAUUAUAGUUUUGUACGAACAGUAUGCCAGUAUGUACAGCUGUAGUAAUGAUACAACUACACAGUAACAUGCCAAACUAAACUGUUAACCUUGACCAUGGAGUCAAAUCAUCUACAAAGGAGAGAUUUCAGCAGAUGACCGUCAGAUAAUGAGUGAAUGUAUCGACUUGAACAGUGUGACACUAAGAAGUUAAGUGACUCUGUUCCCCUCCAUCAGUGGCACUGUCAACAUGUUCCAACAGUUUAUAAGGGUUGUACAGUUUAUCAUGUAUUUUAAUGUCGUCUAAAUAAUAAAACUGAGUAUUGUAUGUACACAUAAAAUCCCUUAUACAAUCAAUAUAUUUAAAAAUCCUAAAUAUAGGUGCAUUUAAAAUCUCUCCUUGAUAGUUUCCUCUCACCUUCUCCCUUGACAGUCACCACCUUUGCCUCCCAGAAGUCUUGAAUCAAGACAAAUAUGUUUUUUAUAUAAUGUUUUGUUCUUAAAAUAAUAAAGAUUUUAUUUUCUUGCA